AUGACGCUGAGUUCGAUCAAGUCCUUCACUCUGGAGCUGGAUGGUCCAGCGGAUGCGGCUUUCACCGGAGGGGAGGUGGUGUCCGGCCAGGUGGUGCUGGAGCUUCGCAGGGACAUGAAAGUGCACUCCAUGAGGGUGCAGGGUCGAGGGGUGGCCACCGCUCACUGGCUGGAGAACCGCGGCAUGAACUCUGUCUAUAACGACUACACCUCCAAAAUCACGUACUUCAGGAAGAGACAGCAUCUGAUCAGAGGGACGCUGUGGCAUUGUGGGGACUGUGAGAAGAGCCGAGUGAGUCAAUAA